AUGGAGCCUGUUAUUUUUACCGUCGGGGUAGUUGGGUUUGCUGGCCUCUUUAGCUCUUGCUUAGAGGCUGUGGAUAAGGUGCAGAUCUACCUGUUAUUUAGGACCGACUUGCAUGUGCUAGAUACCAGGUUUAAGGCUGCCAAGGUCCGUUUCGAGAAAUGGGGUCGGCGCGUCGGGUUCAAACGAACGAUACUAUCUAAAGACCAUCACCCUGCUCUCGACGACCGCGAUAUAUCUGCGGCGGUAUAG